CUGCGGUGCAGCGAUCUCGGUUCACGCAAGAAGCCCUUCAUCUCUCUUCUUCUCCUCCAAUGGCGGUCUCUAGGGUUUGGAUCCACUUCGCCGUAGCCGUUCUGCUACUCUGCGUCUCGCCGUUGAGGGCGGAGGAGACUGCGGAGGAGAGUGUAGUGGAGGAGCCUUCUUUUGUUCUUACUCUGGACUCGGGGAACUUCUCUGAGACUGUAGCCAAGCACCGUUUCAUCGUGGUCGAGUUCUAUGCGCCUUGGUGUGGGCACUGUAAGAGUCUUGCUCCUGAGUAUGAGAAGGCGGCGGCAAUUCUUAGCAAGCACGACCCUCCUGUUAUUCUUGCAAAGGUUGAUGCCAAUGAGGAAGCAAACAGGGAUCUUGCCUCGAAAUAUGAUGUGAAAGGUUAUCCGACACUUAAGAUUAUAAGGAAUGAGGGGCAGAGCAUUGAAGAUUUUAAAGGCCCUCGAGAUGCAGAAGGUAUAGUUGAAUAUCUGAAGAAGCAGGUUGGUCCUGCAUCUUCUGAGAUCAAAUCGUCUGAUGAUGCCAUUAGUCUUCUUGAUGAGAAGAAAGUUGUUAUUGUGGGGAUAUUUCCUGACUUUGCUGGCGAGAAGUUUGAAAACUAUAUUACCGUAGCUGAAAAAUUGCGUUCAGAUUAUGAUUUUCGCCACACUUCUGAUGCUAAACUCCUUCCCCGUGGAGAUUCCACUGUAAAACAUCCCACAGUUAGAUUACUUAAGCCUUUUGAUGAACUUGUUGUUGACACCGAGGAUUUUCAAGUGGAUGCUUUAGUGAGCUUUAUUGAAGUUUCCAGUACGCCUGUUGUAACCAUGUUUAACAAGGAUCCCUCUAAUCAUCCAUAUGUUAUAAAAUUCUUCAACAGCCCUAAUGACAAGGCUAUGCUCUUUCUCAACUUCAGCAAUGAGGAUUUCGAAGAUUUCAAGUCCAAGUAUCAAAGUGCUGCUGAGCAUUACAAAGGGCAGAACAUAAGCUUUCUUAUUGGUGAUAUUGAUGCCAGUCAAGGUGCCUUCCAGUUCUUUGGACUUAACGAGGAGCAGGUGCCCCUUGUCAUUGUAAUAAAUUCUGAUGGCCAGAAAUAUCUAAAGGCUAAUGUGAAACCUGAUCAAAUUGCCCCUUGGCUGCAGGAGUUCAAGGAUGGAAGUUUGACACCAUUUAAAAAAUCAGAGCCUAUCCCUGAGGUUAAUGAUGAACCAGUGAAGGUGGUUGUGGCCAACACCCUGGAUGAUGUAGUUUUCAAGUCUGGAAAGAAUGUUCUGCUUGAAUUUUAUGCCCCCUGGUGUGGACAUUGCAAGAAACUAGCUCCUAUUUUAGAUGAAGUAGCGGUCUCUUUUCAAAACGAUGCUGAUGUGAUCAUUGCAAAGAUGGAUGCAACUGCAAAUGAUGUUCCAAAUGAGUUUGAGGUCCAAGGUUAUCCUACCCUCUUCUUUUCAUCAGCCAGCAACAAGCUCGUCCAGUACGAUGGCGAUAGAACAGCAGAAGACAUGAUCAAUUUCAUACAGAAAAACAGGGUGACCGACAAAGAUAAGGAUGCUGCAGUCGACCCAGUUGAAUCAGUUGAACCAGUUGAACCUGACUCCAUUAAGGAUGAACUGUAACAAAGAGAGAACGGCUGAUAAUCUGGAGAGGCAGAGUAGAUGUAGGGUCUUGUUUCACCACCCUCUUUCAGGAACAUCAAUAAGUGAAGUCUUGUAAUUUUCAGAGUUUGCUUCUACAAGCUAUUAAACAUUUCCAUUACCUUUUUUUUUUUUAUUUUUUGUGUGAUGAGUACUUAGAUAUCAUAAAACUUUCUAGAUUCAAAUUGAACAAUUUUACCCAUAAUAAUAAUUUUAUAGCCGAUGUGGGACUAAAA